AUGUACAUCUGCCUUGAUGCUUGUAAGAAGGGCUUCAAAGCUGGAUGCAGGCCCUUAAUUGGGUUGGAUGGUUGCUUUUUGAAGGGCUAUUAUGGAUGUCAAUUAUUGAGUGUUGUCGCUGAAGAUGCAAACAAGAAAUUUUAUGUGAUUGCCUAUGUCGUGGUUGAUAGUGAGACAAAGAAUAAUUGGAAGUGGUUUUUGACCUUAUUACAGGAAGAUUUAGGGGAUCAUGGAGUAUUUGGUUGGAACUUCAUAUCAGAUCAACAAAAGAACUUCAUCAAGCAAUGGAAGGAUAAAGAGACAAGAGGCAUUGUGUGGGAAUGUGCUAGAUGCACCACUGUUCCCCAAUUUGAGAAGGUCAUGCUAAAGCUGAAGACUCUAAACGAACCAGCUUGGAAGUAUCUUGACAAUAUACACCUUUCAUGUUGGGUUAAGGCCUACUACAGUCACUGGCCUAAAUGUGACAAUAUAACGAAUAAUAUGGCUGAGGUGUGGAAUGCAAAGAUUGUAAAUUAUAGGUCCAAACCUAUAAUGACAUUAUGUGAGGAAUUGAGGUGCUACAUAAUGCGAAGGAUGACAGCACACAAGAGGAUUCUACAAACCUUUAGGGGUAAGAUUGCACCUGCACAACAGAAGAGGCUGGACCAGUUGAAGGUUGCAAACAAUUCUUGGACACCAACAUGGACUGGAAACUUGGUCCAAGAACUGUAUGAAGUAUCUGGAAAGGGUCAACGUGUUGGGGUGAAUUUAACUCAACAAUCUUGUAGCUGUAAUGUUUGGCAGUUGACUGGAUUGCCUUGUGAACAUGCCAUUGUUGCCAUUGCACACAAGAAUGAACCUGUGGAAAAUCAUGUUCACCAAUGGCUGACAGUGGAUGCUUUGCAUGCCACUUAUGAACACACACUUAACCCAGUCAAUUCCCAACAAUAUUGGCCAGCUUGUGAUGCCCCAAAACCACUUCCUCCACGCUUGAAAAGGCCUAUUGGACGUCCAAAAAAGCAUCGCAAGAAGGAUCCCACUGAAGAGCUUAUGAAGACCAACAACAAGCUUUGA